GCGCAGUGGGUAGAGCACGGUCCCUGGAGUCAGGAGGGCCUGAGUUCAAAUCCAGACCCAGACACUUGACACUUACUGUCACUGAUGUAAAAUGCAGGGACAGACCUGGAUGCGGCACCUGGCGUUUGGCAAAUAUGAAGUGCCCCCCCUUCCAGGAGCUCCCAGUCUGAUGCCUAGAACCGAGGGUGUUCAUUCGACCCAGGAGGGACUAAGGCUUUGGUCAAGCCUGCAGGAGAUGCCUGGGCAGGGGGUGGGCAUGUGUUUGCAGGUGGGUGGUCAGCACAUACCCGCCCCUGGUGUCCCGGAUGGAGACUGGGCUCUGCUGGUCCUCAAGUGAGCAGCAUCCAGACCUUUCCUAGUUUGAGCCUCAAGUUGUGCUCUGCUUCCGGAGUGGGGCUGGGCGUCAGGCCCCAUGGGAUGGCCGGCCCACCUGGCCCACAGUUCCCUAAGGCCUUUUCCAAGAGCUUUGUGGCUGAGAAUGAUGUGAAGGGGGAGAUCCUGUAACUUGGGCUCUGCUUGGCGUGACAGGACUUUUGGGAACCCCUUGGCCUUCCUGCUGCAGGAAGGAGCCAUCUCAGCCACACACACAGAUGGUGACACCUCGGAUUUGGCCAUCAUCUCUCCCAUGUUCAUGAGCUCUGAGAUGCUCUUAUCUGAUCACAAGCAGACACCAUUCCAUCUCUGCCUCAGACCCAAGCCCUGUUCAGGGCACUGCUUUACCCAGCAUCAGAACAUCACAGACUGAAUUUUGAGACUACAAGAGGGCCAACCUAGGGACUGAAGGCACAAGCCUGGGUUCGUAGACCAGAGCCUGGGCCUCCGUGAUCUGCUGUGACCCCAGGAUUGGCCUUGACUUGCCCGUGGGCUUCCUUUACCCUCUUGAUUUUGAGUGAGCUUGCGCUGGACUGCCUCAAGCCUCUGGCCAUUGCCAGGAGAGGAGCAUGGAGGACGAGGGGGUAGUGACGUCAGGCUCCCGAGCAGCCAGACCCCAGAGGGCCAUCCCAUAUAACAAAAAAAAAUAUUUUUUAAAGACAAAAGCAAAAAAGAAAACGAGAGGAAAAAAACCAGUACAACUGAUCAAUACAAUGAAAAAGCCUGAAAACACGAGCACCGGGCCACCCCUGCGGACCUCCCAGUUCCAUCAAAGGGUAUCAGUGACAUUCAAGGACGUGGCUGUGGACUUCACCCAGGAGGAGUGGGGGCAACUGGACCCUUCUCAGAGGAGCCUCUAUCGGGACGUGAUGCUGGAGAACUAUGAGAACCUUGUCUCCCUGGGGGUAGGGCUUCCAGUAUCCAAACCUGAUGUGAUCUCCCAGUUGGAGAGAGGAAGAGUACCUUGGAUGCGAGAUGGAGAGAUCCUAAGAGGUCUUUGUCCAGAGACUACAUCUGAAACUGUGGACUCUCCAAAGCAGAGUAUUUAUAUAAGAGUACCAUCCCAGGGACGACUCAAAAAGGAUGAUCCCAAGAUGGAAAAGAUGUGGGAAAGUGACGUCAGGCUAGAGAGGAAGAAGAGCAACCAGAGGAAACAAUCCAGACAAGUAACAAUCACUCCAAAAAAUCUUGGCAAACAGAGGCAUUUCCAUGAAAGUAAUACACGUGGGAGAAAGUUUAGUUCAGGUUCAAUCUUUGUUUCAAAACAGAAUGUUCCUUCAGGGAAAAGUCACCAGAAUUAUGGUACACAAGGAAAUAGCAUCAAACUAAUUUCAGACCUAGUUAAACAUAGUAAAGUCUCUAAAGGGAAGACCCUUUCUAAAUAUAAUUGUAAGAAGUCAUUCAGUUAUCACUCAGACUUUGUUCAGUUUCAUCCAAUGCAUUCUGGAGACAAACCAUGUAAAUGUAAUGAAUGUGAGAAAGCCCUUAAUAAGAGCUCACAUCUUGCUGAAAACCAGAGAAUUCAUCCCGGAAAGAAAAAUGAAUGUGAGAAAGAGUUAAACCAUGGUGGAAGCUUGUCUCAAAACAAGAGGGUUAAUAUUGGAGAGAAACCUUUUAAAUGUCAUUAUUGUGGCAAGGCUUUUAGCAACAACUCAAGCCUGAUUCUGCAUCUAAGAAUUCAUACUGGUGAGAAGCCCUUUGAAUGUAAUGAAUGUGGCAAAGCUUUCAGCCAGAGGGGAAACCUCAAUGAACAUAAGAAAAUUCAUACUGGAGAAAAACCCUUCAAGUGUAAUGAAUGUGGCAAAGCCUUCAGCAGCAAUUCUAGCCUUACUUUACAUCAAAGAGUUCACACAGGAGAAAAACCUUUUAAGUGUAAUGAAUGUGGGAAAGCCUUCAGCCAGAGGGGAAACCUCAAUGAACAUAAGAGAACUCAUACUGGAGAAAAACCUUUUGAGUGCAAUGAAUGUGGCAAAGCGUUCAGCCAGAGGGGACACCUUACUGAACAUCAGAGAAUUCAUUCUGGAGAAAAACACUUUGAAUGCAGUGAAUGUGGGAAAGCCUUCAACCAUAGAGUGUCCCUUAUUGAUCAUCAGAGAAUUCAUACAGGAGAGAAACCCUUUGAGUGUAAUGAAUGUGGGAAAGCCUUCAACCAGAGAGGACACCUUAAUGAACAUAAAAGAAUUCAUACUGGAGAGAAACCUUUUGAAUGUAAUGAAUGUGGAAAAGCCUUCAUCCAUAAGGGAAGCCUUACUGAGCAUCAGAGAAUUCAUGCUGGAGAGAAACCCCUUGAAUGUAAUGAAUGUGGCAAAACCUUCAGCCAUCGGACUUCCCUUUAUUCUCAUCUGAGAAUUCAUACAGGAGAGAAACCCUUUGAAUGUAAUGAUUGUGGGAAAGCUUUCAGCCAUAAUGCAUCUCUUAUAUAUCAUCAGAGAAUUCAUACUGGGGAGAAACCUUUUGAAUGUAAUGAAUGUGGGAAAACCUUCAGCCAUAGGAGAUCCCUUCUCCAUCAUCAGAGAGUUCAUACCGGAGAGAAACCCUUUCAAUGUAAUGAGUGUGGGAAAGCCUUUAGCCAGCGAGGGAACCUUUUUUAUCAUCAGAGAAUUCACACUGGAGAGAAACCCUUUGAAUGUAAUGAAUGUGGAAAAGCCUUCAGUCAUAGUACAUCCCUUAUUUAUCAUCAUAGAGUUCAUACUGGUGAGAAACCCUUUGAGUGCAAUGAAUGUGGAAAAGCAUUCAGCCAGAGGGGGCAACUUAAUAAGCAUCAAAGAAUUCAUACUGGAGAGAAACCUUGUAAAUGUAAUGAAUGUGGGAAAACUUUCAGUCAGACAGGACACCUUCUUAGACAUCAGAGAGUUCAUACUGGAGAGAAACCCUUUGCAUGUAAUAAAUGUGGCAAGUCCUUCAGCCAGAGGGGAAGCCUUGUUCUACACCAGAGAAUUCAUACUAGAGAGAAACCCUUUCAUUGCAGUGUGUGUUCAAAAGCCUUCAGUCAUAGGACAUCCCUCAUUUGUCACCAGAAAAUUCACAAUGGAAAAUAAGCCAAUGAAUAUAAUGAAUUUGGAAACUCCUAAAGCUUUGAUCAUUCAUGAUGACCAUUAUAAAGGUCUUGUGGUGGAUAGAAGCUAUAAAGAACCAACUAAUUUGAUAAAUCUUAGCCAUGGGAACACCCUACUAAAUACCAGAAAAUUCAUAAUGGGCAACCCAUAAGUAUAAUGACUGUCAGACUGCCUUGAGCACUACCUGAGCCCUUCAAGAGCUAAAAAAUUCACGUUGAAGAGAAACCAUAUAAAAGUCAUAACUGACAAAACCUUUGAUGACAUCACAGACUUUAUGUUGGAGAUUAAUGAUUAAUGAUGGGGAUGGAAUAUUCUGAGGAAGGCUUCAUGAAGAACUGCCACUUGUCAAAUCCUGUAUAGUUAAGAUGGGAGACUUCACCACCAACUACAUUAUCUUUUGGCUUAAGAGAUAAAAAAGCAUACCUCCCGGGGGCAGCUGGGUGGCACAGUGGAUAAAGCGCCAGCCCUGGAUUCAGGAGGACCUGAGUUCAAAUCGGACCUCAGACACUUGACACUAGCUGUGUGACCCUGGGCAAGUCACUUAACCCUCACUGACCUGCAAAAAAAACAAACAAACAAACAAACAAAAAAGCAUACCUCCCUUUAUCACCCUUCCUGUAAUACACAUUAGCUGCCUACAGUAACAAGUUCUGCAAUAAGUAUGCUCAAGCAGGAUCUGAAAAGGCAUUUAUGUAACCAAGGUUACAAAAAUGUUUAGUAAAACCACUAAAGUGUUAUAUUUAUUUACUUGUAAGGGAUUCUCUUCUCCCCAUACUUUUCUUUAAUUUUUCCCUUUAAAAAUUUUAAACUUACUAUCCAACAACAAAAAAUACAGUUGCACACGUGAGGUAAUAAAAUAUUAUGAAACUGUAGACCCCAUUCUUUGUAGUUUGUUCAACAAAAGCUGUGUACAUUCACUUCAGCAGGUCAGUCAGUGGUGGGCUGUCUGCCAUUUACUACCUUUGUGGCCUUUGGUAAGUCACUCAACCCCUCUCUGUAUAAAGAGUAAUUUCCCAGUAGGAGUUCAGUGCUUAACAGUUCCUCCUAUUUCUAUUGAGGGUCCCAAAAGCAUUCUUCUGAUCACCCAGGUGUACAGCCUUGGUGUCAUCUUUCCUUCUCUAUCCUCUUCUCCUAGUCAUUAUGACCUGUGGUUUCCACUUCCAUGUCCUCUUUCCCCUCAGGUUAUACCCUACUUUGGAACUUUAGAACAUCUCACUUGGACUACUGUAGUAGCUUUCUGAUUGUUCUCCCUGUCCCCUCUCUUCUUGAAAAGAACAGUUUUAUCCAGGUGGUGGGCUCAGAGAGGCAGAUGGCAAGCCUUUGUGGAGUAGAAUUUGAAGAAGUGCAGCCUCUAAGUGUAGAUGGCUUUUUUCCAUCCUGAAGUAAUGGAAGGGUCAAAUGGAGGGAAUUAAGAAAAAACAUUGGUGCAGGCAAAGUAUAAAGGCAGGUCUUUGGAGUGGAAUAAGUUAUUGUAUCAUGUAUGUGGCUUGAGGAUAAAAAGCUGAAACAGACUCUGUAGGGAGUAUUUGUUUUAAAGGCUAUUAAUUAGUAUGUGAGAAAUGAAAAAAAAAAAUCCAGUCUGAGUUUUUUCUUAGCAAUCAGUUAUCUCCUUUAACAUGCAUAUUUGUUGUAAGUUGUCAUUGCUGCUGGGUAAGACAAAUUCCCUCCCUCUCCUACCCAACCUCUUGCUGAAAAUCCAGUAGAGAGAAAGCUUGAAAAAGGGGAGAAGAGGACAGAAAGGACAAAGCUCCCUCUAGUAGACCAUAGAAGGGAGAGCUUCUGAAGAGUCCAUAUACCCUGAUUCUUAGUUGACAAUCAGGUAUGAGGCAGCCCCAGUCACUAGAGACCAAUCGGGUUUUUUGUUGUUGUUUGUUUCGUUUUGUUUUGUUUUUUCCAUCCUCCCAGAAAUACCCUGGGGCAAAUGUCUAGUUCCAUGAGAUGCUCCGAAAUUUCAUCAAAUGGAUGAAUGGAUGGAAAUUUGUCAAAUCAUGCAAGGUUCUUCUGAUCACCUCUGCCACAAAUAGAGUUAUGUCUUGUGUUUAAAAAAAGUUUCUAUUGUUUUUUUCUCUUAACUUUAAAUCAUCAACAAAUGCUGUUUUUUCAGACUUUAUUUGAACAUCUUCAUAUAGUGUAGAUUUUUUUUGUUUGUGUGCUGUAAUAUGUUGAUAAUAUUGUUUAUGAGUACCCACAUUUCAUUCCUACAAUAAACCCUGCUUAGUUAUUGGAAAGUAAACUCCCAGAGGGCAUGGACUGUUUUUCUUUUUAUCCCCCAACGCCGUGUCUGGCAUUUAGUGCUAAUCACUAGGUGAUUAAAUAAUACUUGUUGAUUGAUGAUGAAUAAUUAUGUUUCCAUAAUUUAUAAACUAAUAUUUAAUAUUUUGCAUGCAUAUCAAAUAGAAAAUGUAUAUGAUUUUAUUUUCUAGCAUUGUUUUGCUGAAAUUUGCUCAUUUAAUGCAGUACCAAUCAGAAUUUUAAAGGGUAUUAUUAUUCAUAAAGCUGAAUAAGAGGAUGAUGAAAUGUACAUGGAAAAAUCAGAGUUUCACAUGGCCAGUGAGGGCUUCCUUCACCAAGUUGAUCACUUGGCCUCCUUGUCAGUCCUAUAUCUGGAAUGUGGCCACCUCCUAUUUGUGUCUUUUUGGCAGUUAUAAGACCUCAAAAAAUAACCUGUAGGCCUCUGGAGCUGAGUAAGCAGACAGAAAACAGCUACAGGAUACUUGUGUAUGCUCUGAAGUAAAGACCCAAUGCCACAAUUAGAUAUGCCCAGAAGCAGACUCACCGAGUUUUUGUUUUUGUUUUUGUUUUCCUUUAACAGGGCAAUGAGGGUUAAGUGACUUGCCCAAGGUCACACAGCUAGUAAGUGUCAAGUGUCUGAGGCCGGAUUUGAACUCAGGUCCUCCUGAAUCCAGGGCCAGUGCUCUAUCCACUGUGCUACCUAGCUGCCCCCAGGCUCACCGAGUUUUAUUUGAGGGAUAUUAGACUAUGAGCUCCCUGAGAACAGGAACUCCUUUACUUUUCCUCAUAGCCCUGGUGCUAAGCACCUGGCACAUGGUAGGUGCUUAAUAUUUAUUGACUAACCCAUUGGUAGGAGUAAACUAGCUUAUACCCAAUUGAUGUUUUUACACUAAAUACUUUCCACAUUUUAGAUAAACUUUAGGAUUUUUGAACCAUAACUUUUAUUAUAAUUAACAUCAUCCCUGAGGUUGGGGGGUUAAUGAACUUUAUUAGCAUGAGAGUGGUGAACCUAAGUCUGCUAUUUAGAGAUUCUCUGAAUUGCAAGGCUGGGAGUACCCUAGUCCCUGUGCUCUCAGAGCCACGAUUCUUAUGAAUUAGGUAAAUGAAUACGAAAUAUAUUCAAAGAAAAUAAAAAGUAAUUUCAGGAGGAAGACUCAUUAGAGAAAUCACAAGAGGCCUCAGAAGUUAGUCUGUGGUUGUUGUCUUUUAUUCUCAAAGAGGACCAAAAUGGCAUCACUAUGUUGGGGUCAAAGUACAGUGUGUGUUGUGACUGGCUAAUCAGACCAAUUUGAGCUUGGAAAAUUUUGGCAUAGGUUGGGCACAAAAAGUCCAUAUGAACAUUUGUAGUGAAGAUGUCUCUAAAUUUGCAAAAAUCACAUUUCAGUUACUGCAAUUUUGUUUUGCUCAUUAAUGCGGGCACACCAUUCUGGGCAAUCAUGUACCAGUGUUUCCCAUGUCCCACAAUUGACUCUGUAGUUCCUUUUGGGGGGGGGUAGGUGUAGGAGGGCUGGGGAAGCAAUCAGAGUUAAGUGAUUUGCCCAGGAUCACACAGCUAGUGUCAGAGGUGAGAUUUGAACUCAGGUCCUCCUGACUCUUAGCUGGCCCCAGUUCCAUAGUUCUUCAGAGAGAGACCCUGAAAGUUUCCUUGUAUUGCUUCUUCUUACCUCUAUGUGAGCACCUUCCUUGUAUUGCUUCUCUGUAAAAUAGUCUUUUAGGCCAAUAUACAUUUGGCACUUGGACAGCGUGGCCAGCCCAUCAGAGUUGCAUGCCCUGUAGGAGAAUUUGAACACUUGGCAGUUGAGCUUGAGAAAGGACCUCAUUGUCAACUAU